UGCAGUUUGCCGGGGGUACUAUUUGACGACCCGGCACUCGGUGGGCUGGGUCUCUCUCGACCGCCUUGUCCAUAACUCGCCUUCGUUUCCCCGAGCGUCGUACUCUAUCUAUCUAGUGUAGUAAUAAUCCGUGUCUUCCUCUCCCUUCCCCUUUCUCUGACCCAGUCCGUCCCACUCUCACUCUUCCCUCUGUCAAUUUCUCGUAGUUCUGCAGAAGAAACUCUCCUUCACGUCUUCUGCAAUUUGCUUACUUGUCUUCUGUCAGUUUCUUCUGGAAUCUUUGUGUUGUGUUGUGAGGUUUGGUUGGUUGACUUGAUUUCCUCGGUUUCGUUGUGGCAUUCCGAUUGUGUUUUAGAGCGUUCUAUCAAACUAUUGUGAGAGAGAAUUGAUACGAGAGUGAGACUCGCAGGCUUAAUUCUGCGAAUCGACGGACUGGAGACCGAGAAUCGUUGAAUUGGUUGUGGAGCUAGCGGGGAAUCGGAGGAAAUCGGUUUGAUUCGUUUCUUCCUGGUCACGUCAGGCGUUUCCUGGGGAUUGACAUCAAUCCGGAAGCUGGAAGGAUCUGGGUGCUUUACAGGAAGGGCUGGGAAGUAUUAGGAGGAUUCAGUACAGACAUAAAUUGCACACGCACCAAUCGAGUGUCAAUAAAAAGUAGCCGGGGCGUCGUCGGUGUAGUAGUGCGUGCGUGUGGAAAUCAUCGAGGCGAAAGGAAACGGAAGGAUUUGAGCAUCGACGAUGAACUGGAGAAGAUGCGGUCGACGGGCCGCGCAGGCACAAGUGGUUAGCACGAGUGUGCCGGAUCCCGACUGGUCUAUGUUAUUAGACGAGGCUCUUGCUGAAAUCUUUCAGCGACUCCCUCUCCCGGAGAGGUUGCAGGUGGUGCCCAUGGUGUGCAAGAACUGGAAGAAGGUAGCUUGCGACCCCACCAGCUGGAGGGUCAUCGACAUGGUGCCAUGGAUUCAACAGAAGAUGGACGCCGAGUGCAUGUGGGAAUACGACUGCGAGCCCGUCGUGGAUCGCCUCGUCAAGAUUCUCGUCGAUCGCAGCAGAGGUCAACUCCGCGAGCUUCGCACAAUGUACGUCUCGGACGACGCGAUCGAAUACAUGGCCGAUAGAUGUCCGCUCUUGGAGGUGCUGACGAUGCAAUCGAGCUUGGGCGUGACGAACAAGUCGGCGCUGAAGCUGGCCACGAUGUCUCCGAAGCUGAGGCAUCUGGAUGUGAGCGACUGCUACAAUAUCUCGAAGCAGGCACUGAUGGCGUUCGGUGACAACUGCCCGUCUCUGGAGUGGCUGGGCCGGAACAUGGUGAACCAGAAUGCGACGAAUCACGCCUUCGAAAUGGCCAGCUCGCCGCCGGGGGGCGACGAGGAGGCCAUCACCAUGUCCAGGCACUACCCGAGACUGAAGCAUCUGGAGAUGAAGAAGACGUGCAUUUCCGACCGAGGCUUGAGGCAUUUGGCCAUCGGCUGCCGGAACCUGCAAAGCCUGAACGUGGCCUGCUGCUACGUCUUGUCUCCCAAGGCGCUGGACGAUGUGAGCAGGAACUGCACCAACCUGAGAGAAUUCACGAAACCCAUCACUCCUCGAAUGCACAUCAGCCCCAACGACUUUCAGGCCACGAUGCUUUUCGAGUGACGGGAAUGAGGACGAGGACGAGGACGAGGAGGUGGAUUUGGAGGCGGAGGCUGAUAAUGAUUGAUCGAUGGAUAUGGGGCCGUGCUGAUGAGAAAAUUGGAUCAGAUACUUGAAUAUCGUAAGGUGGAGCCGUAAGAGGAUCGCCUGUAAGUUUUGCACAAGGUCCGUUGACAUGGCUACCACUGAGCCAAGUCCUUGCGGUUGUAAGUCUUGGGUGCAGGUGGGGGUUUUGAUUCAACACGGUGCUGCUAGAGCCUUGUAAACGUCUGAGUCUGUAUGAUAAGCUUUUAAAUUUUCACGUUCUAAGAGAGGGAUGUCUGAAAUUCUGGGCCCUGGACUUUCAAUAUGCCGCCCACCCGCUCUGAUCCUCAAUCGUUGUACCCUGGUAGAUCAGCAAUUUCUGCAACUAUUACACAAUCCGGUUCUUCUACCGCUAGCUCUCUGUGGCCUCUUAUCGACGGCAGGAUUUCUAGAAACCCGCAACUCUAGCGUACCUCCGAUCCUAUGGAUUCGAUUCUUUCGAGUACAUGAUCAUAAGAGAGAGCUCUUCCAACACAACGAUCUUCCCAGACACUCCCUUCGCCCCUGCAGACCCUCCGUGCUGCCCUGUGAUGCAGCUCCAGCUCGGCACUUGCUCCCUCUCUGAACCUGCUUAUGUGACGCACUCGCCGGACCUUCAAGCUCAUGAUGGUAUCCUCUAGACGAAGACGAAGAUGAAGACGAAGAUGAAGAUGAAGAUGAAAUGAAGAAGACGAUGAUAACGAUGGCGAAGAUGAAAUUGCCGAUAACGAUGAUGACUACAGCCAAGGCUUACUACCGCAGUCUGUGACUUGCAGUAUGCACAUACAUGUACGCAGUGCUUGGGCACCCGCAGGAACGAUCGCACGCGACGAUCAAUCGAAGCUGCUGCGUACCACGUUGCUAUAGAUCCUCUACCCGUCCCCCCACCGCAACAGCAGCAAUUGGAAACGAAUGAGGGUUUCUCAUCUCCACUGAAAUCUUGAUCAGGCUGAGAAGAGGCUUAAUCUAGAUCUUUUGGGGCAUGUUUCUCAACUCGCUAGUGUAUUUAAUUCAGGCAGUAGAUAGGAGUCGAGAUGAUGAAACAACUAGACGGUCCGAAAUUGCAACAUAAUUUCAGUCCUCAUUCUUCCUUCGCACCAUCACUGGGACAAGCAUGAUGACGCUUGUGCUGAAUAGAUUUCCCGUGAAAUGACAGCUUCUUUCUAAGACCAUGUCCAUGACUUGAAUAUAUCAAUUUCGAGACUUGUAGGAGAGAGAGUCUCGAGUGAUUUCGAGCCCUCACGCGCGAGAUUCGUAAAACGUUCUUCGUGUCGAGAGGGAUGUAAACUUUCAAAUAAUGUAAA